AUGUCUCCGAGUACAGACCGGGCCGAUGAGGCCUCCCAGGACACUUCGGUUCCUGCCGACUCCAAGAUCAACCACGCCGCCUCCAUCAACUACUGGAGCAGCCUUCCCAGCACCACAAGCAAUAUGCUAGGCAUGCUCGGCACUUACCCGUGGUAUUCGCGCAUUGAAUUGCAGGGAUCUAAGAACUUUCUGACUAAAGUUCGCCGACUAUUACCUGCGCUGCAGCCUAAUGGAAAGUUCAAUCUUGGAGUGGAUUGCGGUGCGGGCGUCGGGCGCGUCACCGAGGGCUUUCUACGCCAUGUUUGCGCAGUGGUAGACGCAGUAGAGCCGGUGUCGAAGUUCACUCAAGUCCUCCAAGAGGGGCAACUCAAAAAAGACGGCGUGGUGGGAGACAUCUACACCGUUGGCCUCGAGAAUUGGUUCCCGGAGAAGAAGUACGACCUGAUCUGGACUCAAUGGUGUGUGGGUCAUCUCACAGACUCGCAAUUGAUCCAAUAUGUAUCCCGAUGUCGCAACUCACUGACAGAGAGUGGAAUCAUGGUGAUCAAAGAAAACCUAUCCACCGAUCCUGGCGAUCAAGAUAUGUACGACGACGUGGACAGUAGCGUGACUAGAACGGACGCGAAAUUCAAGCAGAUCUUUGACGCGGCCGGAAUGGAUGUGAUCAAGUCAGAGAUCCAAACGGGAUUUCCGAAACAGUUCAAACUCCUACCUGUCAAGUCUUACGCGUUACGGCCAAAAAUCUGA